AAUGAUACCAAGAAGAUGUAUGCCAUGAAGUACAUGAACAAACAGAAAUGUGUUGAGCGCAACGAAGUAAGAAAUGUCUUCAAGGAGCUUCAGAUCAUGCAAUGCCUGGAACAUCCCUUCCUGGUUAAUUUAUGGUACUCUUUCCAAGAUGAGGAGGACAUGUUUAUGGUGGUAGAUCUCCUUCUGGGUGGUGAUCUGCGUUAUCACCUGCAGCAGAAUGUCCGCUUCCAAGAAGACACGGUGAAACUCUUCAUCUGUGAGCUCUCCAUGGCACUGGAGUACCUCCAAGGUCAACGCAUCAUACACAGGGAUAUGAAGCCCGACAACAUUUUACUUGAUGAGCAUGGACAUGUGCACAUUACAGACUUCAACAUUGCUGCCAUGCUGACCAAGGAAAUGCAAAUCACCACUGUUGCUGGCACCAAACCUUAUAUGGCCCCAGAGAUGUUCAACUCAAGAAGGCAAACAGGAUAUUCCUUUGCUGUUGACUGGUGGUCCCUGGGAGUGACUGCUUAUGAGCUGCUCAGAGGCCGGAGACCAUAUCAAAUUCGCUCUGGCGCAUCUACUAAUGACAUUGCUCACAUGUUUAAGACAGCAAUUGUGACUUACCCGGCUUCAUGGUCAGUGGGAAUGGUGACACUGCUGAAAAAGUUGCUUGAACAAAACCCUGACCAUAGAUUUUCUCAGCUAUCUGAUAUCCAGGACUGCUCCUACAUGGAUGAUGUGAAUUGGGAUGCAGUUCUGCAGAAGAGGCUGAUUCCAAGUUUCAUUCCUAAUAAAGGCAGACUGAACUGUGAUCCCACCUUUGAACUUGAAGAAAUGAUUUUAGAAUCCAAACCUCUUCACAAGAAAAAGAAACGACUGGCAAAGAAAGAAAAAGAUAGCCGGAAAUGUGACUCUUCCCAGACUUGCCUUCUUCAGGAGCACCUUGAAUCAGUCCAGAAAGAGUUCAUUAUUUUCAACAGAGAAAAGGUGAGAAGGGAGCAUAAUGAGAAGCUGGCACAAGCCAAAGACCCAGAAGAUGGACAGAACAACAACCUGUGA